AUGAAGUCCACACAAUAUUUGAACAAGUCUCAAACAGCUCUAGUGAAACAAUCAUGGCCCAUGAUAACUUCAAAUAACUUUUGGACUACAUUUUAUAUUAAUCUAUUCAAGAGAAAUCCAUUAUAUCAAUUACAAUUCGAUCGUUUCGCUAAUGUUCCAUUUGAAGAGCUUGAAUCAAAUGUUCACUUUUUGGCUCACUCUUUUAGGACUGGAUUUGCGUUUAAUACUGCUAUUGAACACUUGGAAAAACCCGAUGAGUUACACAGAAUCCUUAUGGAUUUAGGAGAAAAACAUCGCAAGUUUCGUCUUACAGCCGAACAUUUUGAGGCCGUCAAAGACAUACUGUUAUGUAUGAUUGAGGACCGCAUAGUGCUGACAGACGUACCUGCCAGAAACAUACUUCUAGUGGAGGCGUGGAAACCGUGCAUAACCUUGGUGAUUGGAGUGAUCAUGGAUUCCGCGACCGUCACGGUUAAUUAAAUCGCGAUUUAUACACCGACGACGACGACGAUGACGAUAAUAUCAUUAUCAUGGUAGACAGUGUAUAAUAAACGUUUACAGACAUAUUCGCUUAAACACACUUAAAUUUAUAAUAAACAGUAACACAUUCAUGUAAUAUAUAUAUAUUAUAUAUUAUCUAACCUAAAUUGACAUCCUGGUGGAGGCGGAAACGACCCAAUUUCGAGACUUCGUCGCACUGCUUGCGCACACUGUGACCGUCAGCGCGUACAAUAUACAUACAGUUCGAGUUAUUAACCGACUAAUUAUCGUUUAUAUACAAAUCAAGGUAUCAUCAUCGUAUCGUUUCGGAAUGACUGGCAACUGUGCACUGUUGCAGGA